GUGGUCUUUUCCAUGUCAUCCGCCAUUCCAAAAGACAACUAGCAGGUAGAGCCCGUCAUUUUCUGGUCUUGCUUGGAAAUUCUCUGCAAGGUUACAACGCGUAAAGUCGCCUCUCCUCGCUUUAUGCAAUGGGGCUUUUUACUUUUGGCAUCUUUCUACUGGUUUCAGUAUGGAUAUCUUCUCACCUGAAAAGCCUGGCGCGCAAUUAUAGCGCAGCCAAAGCUCUUGGCUUGCCACUCAUCAUACACCCGUUUGACCCAGAUAGUGUCACUUUUGCACUCCUCUCGGAACCCCUUCAUGCCAUCCUUGUGCGGAUACUCCCAUCUUCUGCUUAUGCAUACAUUCAACCUUGUUUCUUUGGCUGGGAGUUCCAGAACAAAGGCGCGAUCCACCAGCGACUGGGCCCGGCCUUUGUCCUCGUGACUACGGGCGUCAAUAGGCUGUGUUGUUCCGAUCCGACCUUGGCCUCGACCUUUAUGACGAGAAGGAGGGACUUUGUGCAUGCCGAUGUCUCCAAUCACGUCAUGGGAAUCCAUGGGCCAAACAUUAUAUCGGCCGGCGAGGACGCAUGGUCUCGUCAGCGUCGCAUAGUGGCCCCAGCCCUCAACGAACGUAUCAGCUCAGACGUCUGGGAUGAGAGCAUAGAGCAGGCGUCUUCACUGGCUGAUUUUUUGGUGUCUUCAUCUUCGACCCCUGCUGACGACGGGGCUUCCGACACGGUACCUGGGCUUCGAUCCGUCGCCAUCAACGUUCUGUCUCGUAUUGCGUAUGGUAGCGUGAAAACGUUCAACGUCUGGAAUCCCACCUAUGAUCCCAAGGCAGACCUCUCGUACGUGGAUGGCAUCGCCCUGUGUACCGACCUCCUCGUCGCAGCCGCCUUCAUCCCGGCCUGGAUUUUGCGGCUGCCCGUCAUGCCACUUUCUCUGCAGACGCUGGCGGCAGCGCUGCGAAAGCUGCCCGAUCUGGCCAAGAACAUGCUCGAGCAGGAGCGCGAGCGGAUUUCGUCCUCGCCGGCUGAUGAGGCAGCAACGACCACGGACACCAAGAAGCGCCGUGACACCAUCAUGACGACGCUCCUUCGGCUCUCGGACCAGGCAAAGGAGGAGGCCGCGUCUGGAGAAAACAAGCCCACGGCGGAAGACGGGGUCAGCAGCGUCGGGAGCAAGGCGUACCUCACCGAGCCGGAGAUCCAAGGCAAUCUUUUCGUCUUCACAGCGGCAGGCUUCGACACCACGGCCAACACGAUGGCCUACGCAGUCGCGCUUCUGGCUGCCCAUCCGCAAUGGCAGCCCUGGAUCCAGGCCGAGAUCGACUCCGUCGUGGGCAGUAUCACUUGCGGCCAGGAUGGGAGGCUUCAGGUACCCGAAUAUGGUGAAACCUUUCCGAAACUAAUUCGUUGUUUGGCUGUCAUGUUUGAAACCCUCCGCCUCUACCCGGCCGUAUCGCUGCUGCUGCGCAAGACCACCGUCGACCAGACCAUCACCCUCCCGGGUCCCCCCUUGAUCCAAGUACCCCUCAAAGCCCCCUUCACCGUCCAGGUCAACGCCAUGGCCCUGCACACGGACCCCGAAGUCUGGGGCUCGGACGCCCUCGAGUUCAACCCCGGACGCUGGGUGCGCCCGGACCCGGAGACUCCCGGAGGCCACGUGCUCAUGACGCCUCCCAAGGGCUACUUUGUUCCCUGGUCCAUCGGCCCGCGCACGUGCCCCGGGCAAAAGAUGGCGCAGGUCGAGUUCGUGGCGGUCGUCAUGACGCUCUUUGGGCGGUGCAGCGCCGAGCCCAUCCCCGGGGACGGAGAGAGCUCGGAGCUGGCGAGGAGGCGGGUCUUGGAUGUGACCGAGGAUAGCCAGCCGGGCUUGACGCUGCAGAUGAAGAAGCCCAGGGAUAUUCGCCUGAGGUGGACGAGGAGGUGAUUUUGGGUGUUCAAGGUCCCAUUAAUUAUAUGUGCUGGAAGGAAGGUGUUCUGACAUCACAAAGCUUCUUUGAUCGUACAUAUUCACAAAAGCAGCAUCUCGCCAUCGUCGCUAAGCCGAACCUCCAUCGUUUACAUGUCCGCAUUCUCUCUAGAAUCCCACUCAUCCUGCUCCAAAAUUAGAUCCCCGCAUCACUCUUACAAGUCGCUGUCCAGAACCUGCAUCGCUCCGUUGCGGGGAUACACAAACUCGCCCUCUUUGUGCCUCCUUGGCGUCCCACAAACACCCGUCCCAGUUGCGAGAAGCUCUGAUAACCGUUGCCGGCGGCGUCCACCAGGUGCUCAAUUCUUGUUAUAAACGCUCAAAUUUCAAAAUUAUGGACAAGAUUAGUUUAACAAGGGCAAACCCCUCAUAUGCCGUGGUGGUCUUUCGUCAUGUGAAUCCCAUCGUCCUCCCCGACCCCGACAUUUCCAGGCGUCAGUUGCCGGGAGCAUACGCCUCGUUGGGGCAGCGCUUGAUGCAAGCAUAUGCCGCACAAUUGCCCCAGCAAUUGCCCAGGUUCAAGUUGGGGAUUGUGCCGACUUGGCUGACGCACAACUGGCAACAGCGCUAGAGAUGUGACAGGGUGUCGGUUAGCGAUCUGCAGGCGGGUGCAUGCUGUGAUCGAGCAAUGAAAAGUCCGUGGGUGGUGUCGCCAAAAUACAGGAGCCGGGGGACCAUCGUACCUUGCACUCUGGCGAGUUUACUUGUUCCUGGGCCAGAACAGUGGCCGCCAUGGCGAUGACGGCGGUGAUUGAUGUGAACUUCAUCUUGCUUCCAGGGAGAGCCAAAUGAAUAGCGAACAGGGUAACUGAAGACUGGAAUAAAGGACCAAAGGGAUACCGCGUGGGGAGAUUUGCUGUCGACGGCUUCUCAGGUUUAAUCCAACUGCAAUACUCAAACCGAGGGCGCGACCAUGGAAAUUUAUGCUCCAGCUGGGAACAUUGUACUCGUAACAGCCCUCACCGGCCGAGUAUCGAUAUCUCUGUUUUUGGCAGUUAUACCGCGAUGUUGACAGGGUGGGAUGGCAGGUAACCUGGUUGCCGCGAAACCUAAAUAUAGGAGCUGCCCAAUGGCAAGUUUGGCAACUCGGAUCUCUUAAAUUUCCGCAUUUAUACGGUCGGCCAAUGGGUGCUUUUUGAGCAGAGCGGAAAUUGAACAGAUCAAUAAAAAAAAGCUAUAGAAGAUUAACCCCCAUUUUCAUCACCUUUUUCAGUUUUCUCAUCGCUGUUGCUAACAAUAGUAGCGUUGGGCUACUACUGCGAACUCCACGGUGGAGGGUAGGCCACCAUACCCAUGACCAUGUCACCCCUGGGCAAGUCAUUUCUCGCCAUCAACCCCAUCCUCGAAUUCGGAGCUGAUAUCCGCUCGAAAAAAAAAAUCAAAACUCUGUCCACAGACCUCGACAAUGACUUGAAAGCCCCACAGCUGGCGGAAAGGCACCCAGUUUACUUCGUAGGUGGAUGUUAAACCUCUCCGCAAAGAUUUGCCUCUCACCCGCGUCCCUGGUCAUCGUGAGCUUCUUCGGUGCCAGAAUCAUGCACUCCCUCGGAUAUCCCCCUCGUUGCCGCAGAUUGUGUCGCCCAUAGCCACGCGAGGUAGUCCGCGCAGCCCU